AUGACUCCGAGGCCGGUAGUCAGCGAUUAUGGAAGUAUAGAAGGAUUGUGUGCAAAAUUAAAAACUGAUCCUAUCAAUGGUCUUCCAAACGAUCGUCACGAAAUUGAACGACGGCAACACGCUUUCGGCAAAAAUGAAAUCCCACCAGCAAAAUCGAAAUCGUUUUUUCGACUAGCCUGGGAAGCCCUACAGGAUAUCACUUUGGUAAUUCUGCUCAUAUCAGCAAUAGUAUCACUUGGUUUGUCAUUCUACAAACCGCCUGAAAAUGUCGGUGCAGGUCACGACGACUCUGAACAGGAAGCCGGCUGGAUCGAAGGUGUAGCUAUCCUGGUCGCCGUCAUUGUUGUUGUACUUGUCACAGCAUUGAACGACUGGUCCAAGGAGAAACAAUUUAGAGGUCUCCAAUCAAAAAUCGAAACCGAACACAAAUUCUCGGUGAUUCGAGGCGGACAGCCUGUUGAUGUCGUCGUCAACGAUCUGGUCGUCGGAGAUGUCGCUCGAGUGAAAUACGGCGACUUACUACCAGCCGAUGGUUUGGUGAUCCAAUCGAAUGAUCUGAAAAUCGACGAGUCAUCGCUGACCGGCGAAUCAGAUCUGAUCCGGAAAAGCUGCGAUCAUGAUCCGGUAUUGCUCUCAGGUACUAACGCCAUGGAAGGCAGCGGACGAUUUAUUAUCACCGCUGUCGGUCUGAACAGUCAGACGGGUAUCAUCAUGAGCCUUCUUGGUGCAACCAAGGAUGAUAAGAAAGAAGACAAAGAGAAUAAGGUUCAGAUGAAUGGAAACGGCCAUGCACCUAAUCUUACCGUAGCCAAUGGUCUGGCAAACGGUGAUAAAAAGAAGGAAGACGAUGUCGCUAUGGUCGAAGAGGAGCCCAAUAAAGGAAAAUCUGUACUCCAAGCGAAACUUUCAAAUCUUGCCAUACAAAUCGGGUACAUGGAGCUCCCAUAA